AUGAGCAAAACCUCUCAACUGCCUCAAGAUGUUUAUCUCACCCCGAAGAUGGAGCUCCCGAAGGCCCUCUCUGGCCGGCGAACAUUCCUAUCUGCCAUCGUCCACCUGCUAUCACGCCUCCCCGCAGCACCCCUGCUCCGCCAGCUCGGGCUUGUGGGCGCACCGCAGGUGCCCCAGCCCCUGUGCCGGGAAGGUGUGGCAGCCCAGCGCCAUGGCCUGCAGAUGCCCCUGGAUGGCCGCCGCUGCUGCACAUCAUCCCAGGCGCUGGUGCAACGCAGGGAGGCUGGGGAUGCCCAGCUCGCCCAGCACGCCCACCGGAGUUUCCUGCGGCUAUCCAGUGAGGAAAUCCUGGAAGAACCAGGGCAGAGGUACCGACGUUCCAAUGAACUCACACCACCAGCCAAGAGAGAUGAGAAAGGACUACUGGAAUUUGCCACGCUGCAAGGCCCACGUCACCCCACUCUCCGAUUUGGAGGGCAGCGGUUAAUGGAGAGAGCUUUCCUCCCCCACCCUCCCUCAGGACUCGUGGCAAACAUCCUCUGCUUAUCCCUGGGAGCCAUCGGACUGGAAUUCAUCAGUUUCCUCAUAUUACUAAUGGACAUUCAGCUCACGGGGCGCCCAGGCUGCGGGCUCCAGCUGGGCACGCUAGUAACCGUCUCCUCCAUCCAGUCGGCUCGGCCCGGGCUGCCUUCACUCCCCGCGUGGCGGCGGCUCCCGCCACCUUCCAUCCGUCCACCAAGAUCAAGUGCCAGCUCAGUGAGCAUUUUCAAGAAGCCCCCGGCUGCCCACCACACCAGCAGCAUCAGCGUGUCUUCACAGCGCCGGCACGCGUAG